UGCACACACAGGAGCUUGCAGACAAGACAGCUGGAUCGUCCUGCCUGGUUCUCUAUCCUCAGCACAUCUUUUCCGAAGAACUUUGGUGCCUUUUGCUCUCUCUCUCUCUCUCUCUCUUUGUUUUCUCCUCCCAAUUUCAGGUUAUAAAAAUGGCCAACAGAGGACCGAGUUAUGGUCUCAGCCGAGAGGUUGAGCAAAAAAUUGAACAGAAAUAUGAUCCGGAAUUGGAAGGAAGGCUGGUGGAAUGGAUCAUUGCACAAUGUGGUGGGGACAUAAAUCGCCCUGAGGCUGGAAAAACAAAUUUUCAGAAAUGGCUGAUGGAUGGCACACUAUUGUGCGGAGUUAUAAACAGUCUCUACUCACAAGAUGAGGGGCCAAUCAAAAAAAUUCAGAAUUCCAAAAUGGCCUUUAAACAAAUGGAACAAAUCUCUCAGUUUCUGAAGGCAGCUGAAGCUUAUGGCAUUACAAAAACUGAUAUCUUCCAGACUGUAGACUUGUGGGAAGGAAAGGAUUUGGCUGCGGUUCAAAGAACUCUAAUGGCUUUAGGUAGUGCUGCAGUUACCAAAGAUGAUGGAUUUUACAAAGGUGAUCCUAACUGGUUCCAUAAGAAAGCUCAGGGAAAUCGUCGAGCAUUUUCUGAAGAGCAGUUGCGGAAGGGACAAAAUGUUAUAGGUCUUCAAAUGGGAACAAACAAGGGGGCCUCCCAAUCUGGCAUGACUGGUUAUGGCAUGCAUCGACAAAUCAUGUAAUCUGCCAUACUACGGUGAGACGCAUUAUGCGUAUCAAUCUUAAAGACAUGGCAACAUUAUAAUUAAUGACUUUUUAUCAUGGAAAUAGCCAUUCUAACAGACUGCUUGCUUGUGCUUUACUUGUGCAACUCCACCCCCAAGUACAGGCUGACUUUCUCCCUCUUUCUCUCCCCCCCCCACCCC